UUCUUUCCCGUGGAUGAACAGUGAACAGGGCAGAGGCACUAUUUUGGGUGCGGACUUUUGUAAGUUUGGUUUGAAAGAAAGUGCAUGUGAAGUACUUCAGUUGAAACUGUUUCAUGAGGGUUGCAAAGGAUGAACAAAGUAAGUGAAACAAAUUGCUCAGACUGAUUGAAAGUGGACCACCUUGGGGUAUCAUAUUCAACAACACACCCAGCCCUGGGUUGCCAGUACGCAGCCAAGGGGAUUCUCAGUCCGACAACAAAGUGAUGGACAACAUCACCGUCCGACAGGGAGAGACGGUCUUUCUCAGGUGUGCACAGGGGGACGUUGUCACACACACAGCAUGGCUAAACCGGUCAAGUAUACUGUAUGCUGGAGAAGACAAAUGGUCGGUGGAUCCCAGAGUGAGUCUGGUGACCCUUAAUCAAGAGGAGUUUACCAUCAAGAUUGAAAACGUGGACAUGACAGAUGAAGGGCAGUAUGUGUGUGCAGUCCAGACAAGCAGUCGACCGAGAACCACCUCAGUGCACAUCCUCGUCCAAGUACCACCAAAAAUCAUCAACCUGUCAAGAGAUUUUGUGGUAAAUGAAGGCUCCAACGUCACCUUAAUGUGCCAAGCCGGCGGUAAACCAGAGCCUUCUAUCAGCUGGAAACUCAUCUCCUCUUCAGCGCAUCUGGCAUCAGACGAUGAGUACCUGGAAAUCCCGUCCAUCUCCAGACAGAAAGCAGGGACCUAUGAAUGCACAGCUGUCAACGAUAUUGACACAGAUGUCCAGACCGUAGACAUCACCGUCAACUAUGUGCCAUCUGUGUCAGAGGGCAGAGAUGUCGGAGUGACUCUGGGCCAAAGAGGAGUGCUGGAGUGUGAGGCUGAUGCAGUGCCUGCAGCAGAUUUUGAGUGGUACAAAGAGGACAGAAGGAUCUUCAAUGGCUUUGAUGGCAUGGAAAUUAUGAAUACUGGAUCAUUGUCAAAACUGACAUUUUUUAAUGUGUCUGACGGAGAUUAUGGCAACUACACAUGUGUUGCCCUCAACACACUGGGGAGCUCAAACACAAGCUUCCUUUUGUUUGUGGUAAUUGAACCCACUAGCUCAACACUAUUGCAAGGACCGAGAGCAGUUCAGGAUGGCAGCGGUGGUGCAAUGGGAGUGCACUUACACACCUGUCUCCUCUUCAUAGUGUUUCUGCCGUUCCUGCUCAGAUUUUGAAGAGAAAUGGAAUUGAACACAAGUGUCGUGGGCGUGUGUGGGUGUGUGUGUGUAUUUCUUUUUUCUUUUUCAACCGGAACCAUAAACUGAUGCACAUGAAAUAUCCUGCAACAUUAUGAUGUUGACCCACCUUAUAAGUACGUUACAAAAGUUUAUUUGAUUUGAUUUUUUGAUUUCAAGGAUGUAACAAAUGUUUCGCAUUUUAAUUGAGUAAUGUAGGAAAUCUUCUCUCUAAAUUAUAUUAUUCUGGUUUAUUUUUUACAUAUACUGUAUGUCUCGGAGAAAAGAAAAGGAUUUUUUAAUUGUGGUGUCUCUUAUUCGAAUGGAUUUGUCUUGUUUUUUUAACCACAUUGCAUCUUCAUCUCAACUCCAGGAAAAAGCAAAUUUACAGCAAGUAUGAGAGGUGAAUGUUAAAUACCUCAAAGUCAAACCGAGACAGUGAAGCAGAAGGAAUUUAGGUUACCCUGGGGCUGAAAGCCUGGUAUUAUCAUAUUUUAAUGUAUAAUAAUUAUCAUUCAGUCUGGUUGUUGAAACUGAAUUGUUUUUGACCUUCAAGUAUUUUUGUUCUCAGCAUUAUAGUGAUAUAGUUGAAGUUGUGUUAUUCUAAUCUUUAAAUUAAUUUUUUUUCAAGUAUGUUUAGUUUUAAAUAUUUUUGAGAAGGGAACAUAUGAAGUUGUAAUUAUUUAGGAUAAAUAUCCUAGUUGUAUGUCUUUUCUUUCUUUACCAGUACAGUUGUACACAAACAUGGUGUCAAGAAUAAUUAUAUUAUAAUUAUGUAUUUAAAAAUGAAGAAAGAGUUUACUCCACCUGUGUGGAGUUGAUGUCUUAUUUACAUAAUGCAAAUGUGUUAAUGCUGUUGCUACUUGUUUAAACAUAAUGCCAUUUCAACACGACGCAGUUGUUUGAGAAAAUGUUCCUGUUCAUGAUCCAAACCAGCACUGGAGGGUUAUAGACCUCCCAGUCAGAGAAUAGAACUCUUUGUGCAUGUAUUUAGACACCAAUAACCCAAAGACUUAAGCAGUUCACACAGCACCAUAAUUCAUAGGAGUUCUGUUUUCUAGUCUCAACAUCAAACAAAACACACAUAUUGUCUUUUCACAAACAACAGCAACCAUGUUGGGUUUAACAUGGGGCAAUCUGGAAAUCUAAAAUUAUAGAUACUUUUAAACCAAAAUGUACAGUGUGUGGUUAUUACUGUAACACGUUCAUCUGAACAUGACAUUUCCAGCUCUUAUUGCAAAGAAAAGAAACGAUCGCAGGCUUACUGUACAGUAGCAGGCCAUUUACAAUAACCGAGAUUGAUCAGAAGUCGGAGUGAAGAAGCUGCGACUGGUGUUAUCACUUGAUAUAUAGCUUACAAUGUGGUGUUGUAUUAUGGGGAAGAUGAGCACAGACAGAGUAUCACUGGCGUGUUGAGAGGCAGCAAACAGAGAACAGACCUCUGUUACCUUAUUUGGUUGUGAGCGUGAGGAUUUUAUGCAACAAUCAAAAACCUCUCACAACAUGGCAGCAAAAAUUAAAGCUAGUGAUUCCUCUUCUUCACGUCUCUUGUGAUGGUAAACAAUUAACACCAGACAGCACUCAUGUUCACAACAAAAAAGCAAAGCAAGACUUGGUGUUGGGCUACUGGUUUUGUAAUGUGUGGAAUUGUUCAUGGCUCUCUUUGCUGGUUGUGUUUGUGGACAAACAAACACAACCAUGUACUGACUGUUGUUUCAGAGCUGCACUCCACGUCACCGGACGUGCAGUACUAAAUGGUUGGUAGGAUUUCAUUAACACAACAUCAAACAGGAACAGUGAAUUACAACAAAUGAGUGUGUGUGUGUGUGUGUCUUUGUUGUGGUGGGGCAAUGCUUCUUAAGAAUCCACAGCUGUGAUUGAAUGUUUUCACAUAUGGUUAUUUUUAAAUUAAUUUGAGCUCAGUGGGCAGUGAGCAGGCACAAAAGGAGGAGAGCGAAACAAAACCAAUGCUCUCUUCUCUUUUCACAUUCACCUUUUCCUCCAUUUUUCCCUGGCUUCCCUCAGCUCCGGUGAGUGUUUAGCCCUUUGUCCAUGUGCACCUACAUUUUUCUUUAAAAUGGCUCAUGGGGAUAAGAAAGAGUGUGCUCCUUGAUAUGAAAACAGGCAAUAUCCAUAUCAAAAAGGAAUGAAACAGAUAGCGGCCAUUAUUACAUUUGAUGAGGGUAAUCAUCAGCUGAAUCUGACAGGUUAAUCAUGGUUUGUUUUCACAAACAAGACAAGGAGAGAGACAGAAAGACUAUUAUUCAUCUUCAGCGCGGCAAUGUUUGGAAAUGACAUGGUUCUUAUUCAAUCCCAGUUUAAAGGAUGGCACCACUGAUCUCAGGUUUAUUUUUGCCACAAGUUUAACCACAUUUAAGAUGAACGGAAGCCGGUCACCUCCCAAGGAGGUCUGUGUUGGGAUCCCUUCAGAAGAGUUUGCAUGAAGUGGUUGAUUUGCUGUCAAUAUGCACAAACAAUCACAGCCUCUUUGCUUUAGUUCACUUGAAAGGUUGAAAAGAAGCCAGAUGUGCUGAACACCUUGCUUAUUAAUUUGCCUGGAAAUAUCACUUAAAAAACACACAGACACACACCUCACUCCCUCUCGUUCUGUCACACACAAACACACAUGCCACAGAUACUACCGAGGUGAGCUAGCUUCUUGUAUAUUUAUGCUUACAUUUGUUUUGUAGAAGAGCCAAGCACACAUUGUAACAACGUGUCAUUUAUUUGAUUUUUUAACUACCUCUGAGCAGUUAUUUAACGACACAGCAUUUCACCCUAAAGUAAUAUUUUGAUCUGGACAUGGGUGUGUAUAUGUGUGUGUUCACACCCUUCCUGUACCACACUGCUGUACUGUCACAAGUGUUUCCUUAAGGAGUAUCACAGCACUCCACAAAGGAAAGGACAGCGCAGACAACUGAACGUUUUCAGGUUAUUGCAUUGUCCUUAAUAAUUGUGAUAUUGUUUUUUUUGAUGUCAUAUCAAAUGCAGUAUAACGUGCCAAGCACACUAUUACUGAGGACAAAUAUGUAAGCGCUUACCUUUAGAACAUAGACAGAUCUGUACAAACUAGUAGGGCUGCUGUCAAAAUAUAACGUGUAUCUUUAGAUAAAAUGAAAGAAUAAAUGCUUUUUCACAUGCAGCCCGAGGUAAGGAGGAGGUUGUACGGCUGACAUCACCUAAUACUCCUACCUAAUAAAAGCAAAGCCAUACUGUAUGGUUACUGUGGCAGAGAUUCAGAGUUGAGGCUGUAAUGAGCAUCACAGACUACAAACCAAAACUGUGCACAUUAUUAUUCUGCCUUUUCAGUGGAGAUGGAAAACAGUCAGUACCUGUCGGAUCGCUGCUGGAAGAGCCAUCAGAUCAUAUUCCUAAAGUUUUGGCCUUGGUCUGUGCCACGUGCAGCUAACAGAAAAGCAUCAACUUUAUUUCUGUGUUCUCCAAUCCCUGCUGUUCCAAACGUGUAACAAGUGGAGGCAUGUGGAGAAGAACUAUGCAGGCUGCUUCUUUAAAGGCUUCAUUUGGAUUGUUUUCUGACCUGAGGCUUUUGUAUUACUUAGCACCAGUGUUGUCGAUGCAUUAUACUGCUAACUUCAAGAUUAGACAAGCUGGCUUGAAGAGCUGUCAAAUAAACACAUUCACAUUACAUUUAGUGAGACAGUGUGAUGAUUGUUGUUACACCACACAGCUAUUUGGCAUGUUCUCUCUGAUUUAGUUGAGAAAAGGCUAAUAAGCUCUCAGUUGGCCUUCAUAUCGUCCACUUGUUAGCUGAACUCUCUCUAGUGUAAGCUAGCUAAGUCCACACGACACAACUUUCUGUCCUGUGAUCGGGAGUCUGAACGUGUUUGUGCUUUUCACUCUACCUGACUGGGGGUGACGGGGUGAGGGUUAAAGAUCAAUCCCUGAUGGUGACCUCUCCCCCAUGUUUCCCCUCAACCCUUGUCUUGUGCUCUAAUUGGCUACAGCUCUCUAACCGACUCCCACACAAGUCCAGAUAUUAGCCCCCUUUGUGUUAUGAUUGCACCUGUUAGCUAUAGAAACAUCCUGUUCAUGCCAGUCUCUUCAGGAGUUAAAUCAAGUUAGUUGAACAUUGAUAGUUUCUCCCCAUGAUAAAUGCUUUCAAUAGCUGCAUUUAACAUCCAUCACAGUCAGGCAAACUGAACACAGCAGGCGUUAACGGACCCAUUUCAAUGGGUAAUGAGCAACUGCCAUAUUUUAAAAUAAUUUACCAUCUCUCAGGCAAACAGUGGACAGUCGUACUGCGGUUUCUUUCUGCAUGGAAUUAAACAAAAGUCUCUUUGCUUUCCUAUUAGAGCAAAGGCCCCAAACUCCCACCAAGCACGACUUUUAAAAAGGAUAUGCAAGACACACUGCAAGAUCCAUUUCAAGCCAUACUUAUAAUGAUAAAAUCUAACAACCUGGGAAGAGGUCCUUGCAAGAACACUAGUAAAAUACUUCUGAUCCACCGCCAAAGUUCAGUGAGGAAACUGCACUGAGAAGGCCUGAAUACACAUACUAUUUCCUGUUUAUGUCUGAAUCCAGUCAGCCUAUUCUAAACUAUUUUGACAGUAGCAUUGCACAUUUACGGUGAUAUGACCAAUUUAUAUUGUCAGUUUGAAGACUGCAUAAGGUUUUGUAGGACUCAUUUUCUCAGUUGAGACGAGGGAAAUUGGGGGAAAAAAGCUUUGGCUAUAUGUAUUUUCUUUGUCUUCAUAUGUGCAAGGCAAGAGAACAGUGUUAGAAGAAUAUUUGAUACCAUUUAAGAACAAUGACUGAGCUUGCACUGUACUUACCAGAUAGUACUAUUCAUUUUAGGUGUUUUGUGACAUUUGUGUGAUUUGCAUUGGAGUCUAGAAGAGAUCAUUUUUGGAUGUGAACUUUGGUUAGACAUGAGAAAUCAAACCUUCGCUUCAGCCGUCAGGGGAUUAUCAUAGCAGACGCAUGAAAUAGUCUCAUGAUCUUUUGGGAUUAUUUUUGGAUGAUUCACAAAAAUAAAAUGACAAGUUCACAGGGCUCUCUUCAGAUCGGAUUGUUCCCAAGUGGAGGGGGAUUGUUGGUUCACGUGUAUUUUCUUGAUGAAAAGUGUGUGCUCAUAUUUAAGACUGACAAUAAUAAAAUGUUGUAUCUUAAGAUUGUGUGCUUUGCA